GAUCAAAGCAAGUCAGAGGUAGUGAAACAAUAUUGGACAAAGAGAGAACUGGAGAAUAAGAUUGAUAUCGAAGAGACACAACAAAAGACAUACGAGUUCAAGGCUAUUUUCUACGAAAAACAAUCACAAAAAAGCUCGAAAAAAGGAUUGACUUUGAAUAAAAUGAAGAGGACGGAAAGGUGCUUAGGAAAAGAAACUGACCAUUUAAUGAUUCUGAAACAAAAACAAGUUCCGAUUACGAUUCUGAUUAUGUGGAGAGCAGGCUAA